AGCUUUAAGCAGGAAAUGACAGAACGUCGACGUCAUGGAGAGAUGGAGUAGGACGGUGCUAAAAAGACAUUAUAACAUUUCGUGGCCCUGGAUGAUGUUGAAAGACGCUCAGCGAGGACCCACGAGACUUACAGCUGAGGGCCCAUUUGUUGAGUUGUGUUUAUGGAUCAUUUGAGUAAUAUAAACAGAAGGCACGUUUCUCCGCGCGCUCUGAGCUCGAGCUGAGUUGGCAACAGGACCCCACCUGUGUUUAAUCACAAGACACGAUACAUGCAACUUCACACCGACCCAGCUCUGCGGGCUGACGCUCAAAGUCUACAAGUGAAGCAUGAACUGAGAAGAAGACGCGCUGUGGACUCCUAAAACUUGCUCGCGGUGAGAUAAAGGUGAGUGAAAGGUCAUAGAUGUGAACUCGCCGAUGUUUUUCCGAACGAGAUGAGGCUGUGACAGACAGCGCCAGAGAUUGAGGGAAAUACUUCAUUACGCUCUUAAAUUUUUAAAAGCGUUGUGGAACUCUCGGGGCUGUUGCCAUGACUGCAGCGGUGUAGCGUUCCCCUGCAGCCGCUUCAUCAAACUCCACUGCGCGCAAACUGAUUGAUUCACUACCAGUUGCUUUAAACUUCAUUCUGCGUCUCAAUGAACCUGGAUGCUUUUGAACAUUCAUUUACGGACAUGCUUGCAUACCUAUGUUUAUAAGAUGACACUCAACACAGAGAAAGAGGGAAAGGAACCACUGAGGAGAAGAGCGAGUACUCCCAUCCCCUCCUCUCGUCAAGCGGGCAAGGGAGAAAGAGGCCCCUCCACUGACCCCUAUCACCCUCCGCUCGCCCAGUCAGCCUCCUACCACCCUGGAGACAAGAGCAUCCACUCACGGGCCAACUGGUCUUCUGACUCUGAGUCGGACAGCUCUGGAGCUGAGUGUCUUUAUCGCGUGGUUUUGUUGGGGGAUCACGGCGUGGGGAAGUCAAGCCUUGCCAACAUUUUUGCUGGAAUACAAGAGAAGGAUGCCCACAAACACAUUGGAGAGGAUACAUAUGAGAGAACCCUUAUUGUUGAUGAGGAGGAGACGACCCUAGUUGUGAUGGACACAUGGGAAACAGAAAAACAGGAGGAAGAUGAGAAGUGGGUGCAAGACUACUGCAUGCAGGUGGGCAAUGCUUACAUCAUUGUUUACUCCAUCACUGACCGCAGCAGCUUUGAGAGCGCAUCAGAGUUACGAAUCCAGCUGCGUCGCAUCCGGCAGGCUGAAAACAUUCCCAUCAUCCUUGUGGGCAACAAAAGUGACUUAGUGCGCUCUCGAGAAGUGGCAGUGGAAGAGGGUCGGGCUUGUGCGGUGGUAUUCGACUGCAAGUUCAUAGAAACCUCCGCCUCCCUCCACCACAACGUUCACGAGCUCUUUGAGGGCAUUGUGAGGCAGAUCCGACUGCGGCAAGACAGCAAAGAGAUCAAUGAGCGUCGACGCUCCAUCUACAAGCGAAAAGAGAGCAUCAGCAAGAAAGCCAGACGCUUCCUAGAUCGACUUGUGGCCAAGAAUAACAAGAAGAUGGCCCUGAAAGUGCGCUCCAAGUCCUGUCAUGACCUCGCAGUGCUGUGAACCCACAGAUCCCUCUCAGUCCUUGAACUCUGGGUUCUCUCCUCUGUUUUCUGUUUGUAAGGCAAAUGAGGAUUUGUCUUUCUGAUGAGACUUCUUUUAAAUUUGAAAAUCAAUUCACAUUUUUUGUUUGUUUGUGUUGUUUAUUUAUUCAUUUGUCCGAAUCUAGCAUUAGCAACCUUUUUACUGAUUCUUUACUGAUUUUACUGGUUUUGCUCAUUGUUCUUUGUCCUAUAGAUCCGUUUUUUUAUAGUUAUUUGAAUUAAACCAAAGGUUUAUUACUGUAUAUCACCAAUUAAGUGGACUUUGUUUUUAUCUUAUGAACAUUUUAUGAGUGUUUGCCUUAUCAGACUGAAUAGACAAUAGUUAGAAUUAACAAGCAGGAUUUAUUAUUCAUUGUUGUUUAUAUGUUUUCCUUUAAUUAUCCUUAUAGUUUUUUUUCUAACAAAGGAAGUAUUUUGUAUACACUGAAAGACAUUUGCUGUAUGAGAAAAGAACAGCCCAUUGGAAAAGUCAAUGGAGAGACAGCAGAGACCAAUGUUAUUUUUUUCUUAUUCUGUUUAUGCAAAUAUUAUAAUAUAAUAUUAUGGACAUGUCAAUCAUCAUUUAUAAAGGGCAUGUGAAUAUCCUUCAUAAGCCUGUUCCAGUUUAUUUGAAAGACAUAACUGGUCAGUAAACAUUAUAAAUGUGUCAGCUAUUUUUGCAGGAAUAAUAACAAAAUAAUGUUUAUAGGCUAUUUCUCUCAAUGUGUUUUGUCUAUUCUUUUGGCACUGGACAUAGAGGAAAAUAUGGUUUUGUACAACUUAAUGUUGGUUUGUAAAUAUUUAUUUCCAAAAUUUGUAUGAUAAUAAAUGGCUUUGAAAUAUGUAAAUACAAUUAUGCUAACCUUCCUAA